CAAAAUUUGCAUAUCGUAGACACAGGUCACGGAAGCGUUUGAAAGGAAAAGAUGGCUACACAACCUCACAGCAAGAAAAGAGUGUGCUAUUAUUACGACGGCGACAUUGGGAAUUACUACUAUGGCCAGGGACAUCCCAUGAAGCCUCAUAGGAUACGCAUGACCCACAACCUCAUCCUGAACUAUGGCCUUUACAGAAAGAUGGAAAUUUAUAGACCCCACAAAGCCACACAGGAAGAGAUGACUAAGUUCCACAGCGAUGAUUACAUUAAGUUUCUAAGGAGUAUCCGACCAGAUAAUAUGUCUGAAUACAACAAACAGAUGCAGCGCUUCAACGUUGGAGAGGACUGUCCAGUGUUUGAUGGCAUGUAUGAAUUCUGUCAGCUGUCUACAGGUGGAUCUGUAGCUGGGGCAGUUAAACUGAACAAGCAGGCAUCUGACAUUGCCAUUAAUUGGGCUGGAGGUCUUCAUCAUGCUAAGAAGUCGGAAGCAUCAGGAUUCUGUUAUGUCAAUGAUAUUGUCCUGGCUAUUCUAGAACUUCUCAAAUAUCACCAAAGAGUGUUGUAUGUGGACAUCGACAUCCAUCAUGGAGAUGGAGUUGAGGAAGCUUUCUACACAACAGACCGUGUCAUGACCGUCUCAUUUCACAAGUACGGAGAAUACUUCCCAGGCACUGGAGAUCUCAGGGAUAUUGGUGCCGGCAAAGGAAAGUACUAUGCUGUGAAUUUUCCUCUUCGGGAUGGCAUAGAUGACGAGUCCUACGAAUCUAUAUUCAAACCGGUGAUGACCAAAGUGAUGGAGAUGUACCAGCCUAGUGCUGUAGUGUUACAAUGUGGAGCUGACUCUUUGUCUGGGGACAGACUCGGCUGCUUCAACCUCACUCUUAAAGGUCAUGGAAAGUGUGCAGAGUUCAUGAAGAAGUGGAAUCUACCUCUGUUGUUAUUGGGAGGAGGUGGAUACACCAUCAGGAAUGUGGCUCGCUGUUGGACUUACGAAACAUCUAUAGCUCUGGGGGUAGAGAUAGCUAAUGAAUUACCCUACAAUGACUACUUCGAGUACUAUGGACCUGACUUCAAGCUACACAUCAGUCCAUCCAAUAUGGCCAAUCAGAAUACAGGAGAGUACAUGGACAAGAUCAAAACAAGACUGUUUGAAAAUUUGAGAAUGUUGCCUCAUGCUCCUGGUGUCCAGAUGUCAGCCAUUCCUGAAGAUGCUUUAAAUGAUGAAAGUGAUGAUGAAGACAAAGAAAACCCUGAUACUCGUGUGUCUAUCAGGGCUAAUGAUAAAAGAAUUGCCUGUGACGAGGAGUUUUCUGACAGUGAAGACGAAGGUGAAGGAAAACGUGACCGACAGAACUACAAACCCAAAAUCAAGCGACCUCGCACUGAUGACGAAAAAAAGGAGGGAGAAAAGGAUGCAAAAGAGCCUAAAAAAGAUUCACCUGCGGAGAACAAAGAAGAACCUCCUAAAGCAGUGGCUGAAAAGAGUGAAGAGAAGACCGAGACAGCUGAAAAGAAAGAAUCUUCAACACCCCCUAGUAAACCUGAACAGCCAGCAGAGACAAAGGAAGAUACAGCAGGUGCAGCCAAGAUGGAACAUUGACAAGCCAUGAAUGUGGACCAAUCAUGACCUGAAUAAUACGCUGGACCAUCUAGAAGGGUCACCAGAUCAGAUCUGACAUUGUUUAUUUGUCCAGGAUAAUGACAGGAGAUUCAGACACACUUUGUUGUCAGUGCUGGAUGUGUGUUCAGCCUUGUGAGAUGUGUGCUAGUCGUGACUGGAGCAUGUCACAAGUUCAUCACCAGUGCGUUGUCAUUACUCCUAUAUUGGACAUACUUGAUCAGCAUGUGUUCAUUCUACAGAUAUGUUAUCACAACUCAUACACAGUAAAAUUAUUUUCCUGUGGAAUUUAUUACUGUUGAUUUUAUGGAUGGAGUUUAAUUCAUACAAUCACCAAUAUUCUGCAGCCACUAAACUGUUGCAGAUAAUCAUAUUUAUUGAUGUCAUACAGUGUAUAGGGGGAGGGGGAUAUAACCUGUUUGUUGUCUGGGAACAUACCUGAGAUUUAUGUGAGUGCUGUAUAUCUGUAUUCUACAGAUUCGGGGUGUGUUACACCAACAUAAUGAUGAUUAUAUUAAAAAAUAUCGAUGAAAUCUUUGGAAUCCGUAUCAACCUAUUUGAUGUCUAUAUGAAAUAAUGAUUUUACUGUAUCUUGGAGGUAUUAUAUAAUAUCACAACUAUUGUGUUGUCGAAGCUUCCAUGAUGUACAUAAAUGUAUUUAUUUAUGUGUCUAUAUUAUUGACAUGGACAGCAUCGAGGAAUUUUCAUCAAUUGGAUAAUACUUUUAACAGCCCCCUAAGUGUAAAGCUAUUUUAUCAAUAAUGUCACAAAUUUGUGUUUGUUGAUUUUUGAAACCUAAGUCAGUAGAUAUCCAAUUUCUUGAGUUGAAGGGGAAAUAUUAAGAUAAAAGUAAAAUUUGUGGUUGAUAUUUUUAUAUGAAAUGAAGAGAAAAAAACUUAAUGGUAGAAAUGAUUAUUAAUAGUCAUGUUUUUCAUGAUCACAUGUUAUAUUGUGUUGAUCUCCACCAUUAAAGUUGUUCUUACAAUUU